AUGCAGAAGGUACUUUCGGCAGAUGCAAAAAUCCCCCUCGAGUCUAAAGAGCUGAUCCAACAAUGUGUCAAUGCGUUCAUCGGGAUGAUCACUCAGGAGGCCAAUGACCGGUGCAAGAGGGAGCACCGAAAAACUAUCCAAUUUGAAAUCCUACUUUACGCGAUGAACAAGCUAGGGUUCCAUGAUUACGUGGAACCCUUGAUGGAUUAUCUCCAGCGUUACAAGGAAUUUAAUAAUCACGGGGGAUCACUGCCAUCUUUUUCUUCUUCCUCUUCAUCAGCGGUUGCUGUUGAGAAUUCGGCAGCAAGUGGUUUUGCCCCCAGCUGGAUAAUGGGGCCCAUUGGCAGUGGACCUUUUGGAGAGAUGAAAGAAAUCUCUGGUUUUCAGCAGGUAGGGCCCUAUUACCCACCGUCUGCUCCUGGAUUAUUUGGCGGUGCUGGAGCUCCGAGUUUUCCAAAAGGAGUUACAGAAGUCUCCUUCUUUAAUUAUGAUCCGUAUAAUGGUGGGGCAGGUCAGUAUCCCACCAGUGAGCCGGGUCAAGGAAGUAGUGGAGAUAAUGUGGAUCCUGACUUUGGGGGUUUCAGUGACUGUGUUGUUAUUAGCUGCUAUUCUAUUUUGGAUAUUUCUUUGUGA